ACGUAACAUCCACCGAGUUUUCCUUUAAUAGUAAGCACACUGAUUGCCCUUACUUUGUCCUUGUUCCACGUUUUGUGGCUCCCUUGUUCUGUGGUUCAGUCCUUCACUUCUCAGUCCUCUCUCUCUCUCUCUCUUACUUUGUCUUCUUCUUCUUCUUCUUAUCGUCUCAACCUCUCAUUCUAUCUCUUUCUGUAUCCCAAAAGGUGGUUUGGCUUUUAUUCGCGGUUGCAGUUUCAUAGCUUCGGCAAUAAAGUCUCUUUUCAGCAAUGGUUAAUCCAAUAGCAGUGGCAAUGAUGGUGAUUCUCAUAGGUUGGGUUUAUAAAACCUUAAAGCCCCCUCCUCCUAAAAUAUGUGGAUCAGUAGGUGGUCCACCAGUAACAUCACCUAGAGUUAAACUCAGUGAUGGCAGGCAUUUGGCCUACCGUGAGUAUGGUGUUCCUAAGGAAGAAGCUAGGUACAAGAUCAUUGUCAUUCAUGGAUAUGGCAGUUCCAAAGAUGCAAUUUUGCCAGUCUCUCAAGAACUUAUUGAAGAUCUUGGGAUAUAUUUCCUCCACUUCGACAGAGCAGGUUAUGGUGAAAGUGAUCCAAAUCCAUCACGUUCAGUAAAGAGUGAAGCAUAUGAUAUUGAAGAACUAGCUGAUAAAGUGAAUAUAGGGAAUAAAUUUUAUAUCAUUGGAAUAUCAUUGGGAGGUUACUCUGUUUGGAGCUGCCUAAAAUACAUUCCACAUAGAUUAUCAGGAGCAGCUUUGGUGGUUCCAUUUAUAAGCUAUUGGUGGCCUUCUUUUCCAGCUAAUCUAUCAACAGAGGCCCUUCGGAUGCUACCUCUGUCAGACCAAUGGACAUUUCGAGUUGCACAUUACGCCCCUUGGUUAUUCUAUUGGUGGAUGACUCAAAAAUGGUUCCCUACAUUAACCAUGACAAGUAUUGGAAUGUCUCAUGAUGAUAUAGAGAUCAUGAAGAGCUUGUCAGACGCACCAAACACUGGCCAGGAGAAGAUAGCUCAGCAAGGUGAAUAUGAAUCAUUACACCGAGACAUGAUGGUUGGUUUUGGAAAGUGGGAAUUUGGCCCAACAGACAUAACAAAUCCAUUCCCUAACAAUGAUGGUUCUGUCCACAUUUGGCAAGGCUUUGAAGAUAGGAUCAUUCCCUAUACGGUGAACCGUUACAUCUCACACAAACUACCCUGGAUUCAUUAUCACGAGAUUGCUGAUGGAGGGCAUCUAUUUAUCAGAAAGAAAAAUCACUGUGAAUCAAUUAUUAGAGCACUUCUACUCUCAUAAGAUCUUUAAUGAGAUGUAGUGUGUGGAGUAAACCAUCAUUGGUCUAUAUAGUCCUGUGUUGUAAGUCAAUGAGAUUGCAAGUAAAUUUUGUAAGAAGUUGCAGUAUAUUUUUAAAUAUAUUUAAUGUAAGAGUUGUAUACCACGACGAUGAUGGUUUUGCUUUUAGAAAAUAAAUACUA